AUCCUGAGGAGUGAGGGGCAGCCGGGGAGAUACACAAAAAGCCAUCCCCACGGCUGGGGAGGCUGAGGCAGGAGGAUCGUGAGUUGGAGGCCAGUCUCAGCAAAAGCAAGAACCUAAGCAAAUCAGCGAGACCCUGAACUCCCAGUACAAUCCCUGGUACUCCCCCCCCAAAAAAAAAGCCAUCACAAAGUCAUCUCAGGGACCACCAUGGAAACCACACCCCGCCCCCCAUUUAGUUGUGCAGUGAGCAACCUUCCCAUCUGUACAUGGGACCCACCAUGAGGAUGGAGUCAGAGGAUGCCUCCUUUCUUAAGGACAGCAGGGACACAGGGGUCCAGAGAGCAGCCUGGGAGCCCGAAUCCUGUCCCUCCCACCUCCUGGCUCUGUGGCCUCAGGCCUGCAGCGCCCAUUAUGAAUGACACCAGGCCACCCCUCCUCGUGGCUGCGACCUGUUUUAAAUCUCCACCCUCGAGCGACAGAAGGGGUUCUUUCUGGAAGGAUCCUCRGGCCACUCUGGAACAGGAUGUUCCGCUGCAGGGAACAAAGGCGCCUGUGUUUGAGGGUGAGGCAAGGAGACUUCUAGGAAGGCAGCCACACUUCCCAGAGGCUGAGACGGGAAGGGGACAGCUGCUGGUGUCCCAGGCAGUGUGGGUGUCAGGUCCUGCCCCAGAGGGGACAGAGAGAGACCCGGGGACGGACAGAGACCCGGGGACAGACAGAGACCCGGGGAAAGACAGAGACCCGGGGACGGACAGGGCAGGAGGAAGGCAGGCUGAGCACCUGGGCAAGACGGCCACUUCGUGGGGACAGACGGUUACGGUGUGGGGCAGCAGAGGGGCCGGAGCAGGAGCCAGCCAGGAAGAGAAAGUUUGUCCCCUCACCAGGGGACCAGGAAGCCAAGCAGCACCCCGGGAGAAGGACUGGUACCCAGCCAAGAGGACCAAAGCCGCAGAGCUGGCUGGGGCCACGGCCACCGGCCACAACACAGCAGGUCACACGGCAGAGGGACACCGAGACACCUAUCKCGGGACCCGCGCACGCACAGCCACGCGUCCAUCUGCCAGGUCUGGCUCUGGGGCACUCCGCGCAUGCGUGCGGGUGAGGGGGGUGUCAGUGGCUCAUUCGCUGUCCCCAGGUGAGUGUCCUACACUGUGGAGGACCCUGCCCGGCACCCCUGGGGACCGAGCUCCAGGUGGACCUCCCCAAAAGGGGGAGGGGGACACGUGGGGUCCCCUGUGCCUCUGGCACCCACCACAGCCUCCUGAGCACAGCCCGACCUUGGGGGGCUGGUUUCCCCCGACACCACGCAGGGCAGAGCCUGGGGGGACUGGCCACCUGGAGCCCAGCAUUGGCCAGGCCUGUCCCCCACCCUGGGUGGCUUCUCAACUAUGCUGUGAGGAAGCUGGUCCCCAGGCUAAGUGGGAGCACUGAG